GGUAAUUAUUUCUUUUUUUUUAUGAGAAUCUUCUGCAGCACAGAUUCCAUGGAGGGCAUCAUGAGUCGAUCUCGAAUCCGUGUAGAGGGAAUUACAUUCAGGCACACGGGAUUCGUGUUACCAUCAACCGAUACAAACAAACCCGUAUUCGAGAUUUUGGGUGUGGUCAAUCCCACUUCUCGUGAUGCUCAACGGCUUUCGCAUAUCCUUGCUGUGCUUCAGCAAUCGCUUCCAAAUCAAAUGCGAAUCGUGUUAAAUCCUAUCGUAAAUUUACCAGAACUUCCAGUGAAGAACCGCGAGAUAAUCAAUUCCAAUCCGAUCAUCCCACGUGUGGAGUUCUCUCACUUACCCGGUCAGCCGAUACUCACUCUAGGUAUGGAUGCUCCUCACGGUUGGAUGGUUGCCGCCGUGGAGGCCGUGCAUGACUUGGACAAUCUUCGACUGGCCGAUGUUUACGGUGUCGUGGAAGCAGUUUACGAAUUGGAAUAUUUAUUGCUCGAAGGACAUUGUUUCACCGAGGGAAGUAUGAAACCACCGCGUGGACUACAACUCACACUCGGACCGGCCUCUGAUUUGAACCAACACGAUACUAUUGUGAUGGCGAAUUUGGGCUAUUUCCAAUUGAAAGCUGGUCCGGGCAAUUGGCAUCUGCGUAUCCGUGCUGGUCUUCAUCGAAUCUGUUCGGUUUCGUUUUUCUUAAUUCCCCCCCCCCCAUUCAACCCCAUUCUCUCUUUCGCAUUCAGAAUUAUGAUGCUGACCGUAAUCCGGCACACGGAAUCUCCCGUGAAAUUUUGGUUCCUCAAAAAUUAUCUGUCACCGACUUUCAAGAAGUUCAUUCCUCAUAUGGCUGCGGAGUACGGAUUUGAAUAUGAACUGGUAGAGUACCAGUGGCCGCGUUGGUUGCACUCCCAAACUGAGAAACAACGCAUUAUCUGGGGCUAUAAGAUUUUGUUCUUGGACGUGUUGUUCCCGCUAAAUGUGACCAAAAUUAUUUAUGUAGAUGCCGAUCAGAUUGUUCGCGCGGAUUUGCAAGAACUGGCUGAUCUCGAUCUGGAAGGUGCUCCGUACGGCUACACCCCAUUCUGUGAUUCACGCAAAGAAAUGGACGGAUUUCGCUUUUGGAAACAAGGCUAUUGGGCCAAUCAUUUGAAUGGUCGACCGUAUCACAUUUCUGCAUUGUACGUGGUCGAUUUGCAUCGAUUCCGUCAGUUGGCUGCCGGGGAUCGAUUGCGUGGCCAAUAUCACGGUCUGAGUCAGGAUCCGAAUAGUUUGUCCAAUCUGGAUCAAGAUUUGCCGAAUAAUAUGAUACACCAAGUGCGUAAAAAUUCGUGUUACACUGAUUAUUUAUUAACUGAUCGUGUCAGGGUCAGGCGAUCAUGGGCACGGAUUGAUGAGACAGGUGAGACCAAAAUAGAGGACAACGUAGCGGAGCACACAUACCUAUAG